GGCUGUCUGUUAUUGGUUUAAACUGACUGGCGGCGUAUUCUACGUGCAGAUAGUGCACUCCUUCUAGCUUUUGUUCUGCUUUUAAUGUUCUUUUCUAUAUGCUUCAGCUUGUGGUGAAUAGGUUAAUACUUCUUGCUGCAUAAAGACCUCAGAGGUUGUAUACACAUAACAAGAAUGCACAGCUAGCAGCAGUCAUUGGCCGGCAGCCGCGCCAGAACCAGCGAGCAGCUCUGUCCAGCAGACAAGAAUAAUUGUGCAAGUUAUAGACACUGAAGUAUGUCGGGUUCUAAGUCAUCACUGCCAUUGCCAGUCAUGGAUGGUAAUGCUGUCUUUGGAAAUGAGAGCAGUGUGCCCUUACCAACGGGUGUUAUGUCACCUAUGACAGACCUGGCUGUUAACCUGGGCAGUUUAAGCACGAGAUCAGAUGUUGAGCUAAGAGCACUUCCAUCGCAUCACGAAAGUUUGGGAAGCACGCCAAAAUGCAAGCUAUCACUGUCCUUAUCAGAUACGCCAACCCUAAAACCCUGGAUGCAGCCGUUUAAUUGUGGUUUUAUAGACUCGCCGACUCCAAUUGACUCGCCUUCUCUAGAAUUUCGAAGUUUUCAGUUUCCGGAGAAUAAUCGAAGCAUCAGAGGAGGGCAGCGAUGCGCACGGGCACCACUUAGGCGCUUGAAUUCACUACCGCUUGAGUCCGCUAGGAACCUAACGCUGCGGCCAGGCAAGGAGAACUCGACCACCACCAAUCCAAGACCGCAAUGCGCUGCUGGGGUCAAAGGUCAGCCACUCCGCUCGCCGAAGCGCCAGCUCGACCUGACGAUGGCGACGGAGCAGGCAGCAAGAUGCGUUCCUGCCGGCCACUGUUCGCACGGUCUCCGAGUGCGCCCGAACCCAACAACCGCCUCGCGAGGGCCUCAUCGUUCAAGCGACCUGAGCCGCCGCGCGAGUGCCGCAGUCCCGUGUCGAACAAACGACGCAGGAGCAUUAACAUGGAUUGCCCAGCUGGCAGUGCGUUGGUCGUCGAGGAGCCGAGGCUGCAUCGCUCGCACUCCGUCGUGCAUGGUUUCCACGCCAACAUGCAGCCUCCGCCGCCGUCGACGACGGCUAUGAGGAAGCCGACACUGCAGCGCUGCCACUCCGAGACCGAGGCAACCAUCAUGCGCGCGCUGCAGCGAUGUACAGAAGAGCCUAACCUUAUAGGAGAUUUCUCAAAGCCAUUUGCGCUGCCACUGUGUAAGGGUAAGCACAAUGACCUGAAGUGCAUAACGCCGGAGACCGUGUGCCGUCUCAUCAACAAUGAGUUCGAAGACUCCAUUCACAGCUACACGAUCAUCGACGCACGCUUCCCCUACGAGUUUGAGGGCGGCCACAUACAGGGCGCGAAAAACAUUUAUACCAAAGACCACCUGCUCACAGAGUUCAUGGAUGCUAAAGUUAUCAACGCUCUCAAUCUUAGCAAGCGAACCAUUCUAGUCUUCCACUGCGAGUUCUCAUCCGAGCGCGGGCCCGGUCUCUCGCGUUUUCUGCGCAAUAUGGACCGUGAUGCAAAUAAGGAGGCUUACCCGCAGCUGUGUUAUCCUGAGGUGUAUCUCCUUGAAGGUGGCUAUAAGGCUUUCUAUCACCACUGUAAGGAGCUCUGCGAGCCGCGCUCCUACCUGCCGAUGAACAUCAAGGGGAAGGAGGAUGAGCUGAGACUGUUUAAGGCGCGCUCCAAAUCAUGGAAUGGCGAGAAAGCAGGCCGGCCAGCCGCACGGCCCGGUCUCUGCUCCGGCCGGCCUUGACCCUGUCUCUGCU